AAUAUCGAACUCUCAGCUCGGUGAAGAAGACGUCGCCGAAACGGUUUUUCUCUCUCGUUAAACCCUAAAACCCCGCGAACUGUUUUAAUGGUGGAAUUCAUAUCAGAGAUGGAAGAUCAAGGAAUGGUGGAGGAGGGAGGGAAUAGAGAUGUUGAGAUGGAAAAAUUCCCAGUGAUGGCUUUCAGGCCUUCCCAUGAUGCUAAACUUAGAGAAUUAUUGCAUAAGAUUUGCUUACAUGAGAUUAAGCUAUGUUCUGAUGCUGCCAAAGAAUUUAUCAAGUUACUAAAGGGAGAAACUGGCGGCGAUUUGUUGCGUCUUUAUUACCAGAGCUCACCAAACUUUGCUGAGCUACUAGAGGCAUGGAAGCUUCGACAUGGAAAGCAAGGACUUUCUUAUAUAUUCUCGCUUAUCCAGACGAUUUUGAGUCAUCCAGAGGGAAAAGGUAGAUCAACUGAUAUUGGAAGAGCUAUUGACCAGUUUGGUAGGUUACUUAUUGAUGAGAAAAUGGAUGACAUUUGCAAAGAAUUGAAAAGCAAAGAGGGAAAACAACAGAAUGCUGCGCUUUCAUUGUUGGCUUCGAUUGUUAGGCGUGGUUCAGGCAUGGCAUCAGAUAUAAAUAAGAAAUUUGAUUUUAAGGGUUUCGCAAAACUAGCCUGAGUAUAAAACGCGAGGGGCUGAAAAGGUCAGUAAACACUCAACCAGGAAGGCCUGUGUUGGCUUUGCCAUAUCAUUCUUUGAAGUUGGGAACCCUGGAUUGUUAUGGAAAGUUUUACAGAACAAGGAAAUGUAUUUUAACGUCCUGCGAGGCCUUGGUAAAGACGACGAAGACACUGUGGCUUAUGUCUUGUCUACGUUGAAGGAUAAGAUUCUUGUUGAAGAAUCAUUGAUUCUUCCUAGUCUAAGGAGUGUUCUUUUUGGAAAUGUGACGCUAGAGCAGCUAGCCAGCAUUUCAGCAAGAGAGGAUGAUCGGAUUGCGAGUGAGUUGGCACAUGAUGUUCUUGUUAAAGUUUGCACAGACCCUUCUAAUGGAUUGAUGCCAGAUGCAAAGAGAAAGUUGGGAGGCAAUUCAGACAGACUACUAAUGCUCAUGAAAAAGUUGAGAGCAGUAGAAAUUGGUUAUCACAAAGAUUUGCUUUUAGCCAUAGUUAGGGGUAGACCGUCUUUAGCUUCAGCUUUCUUUGACGAGUUUCCAUACAAUAUGGAAGAUUUUGCAUCACCAUCCUGUCAUUGCAGGUUUUCUUCUAUUUCCUUGGCAGCAGAAUUGGUAUCGUCAGUAAGAACUUCAUGUUCUUUUGACUUUCUCAGUGCAGAUCAACGUGCUACAUCUCCUGGUGGUUCAGAUGUUCAGACUAUCAUGAAAUGCCUAUGCCCACGACCAUUUAGCCGGUCACUGAUCACCAAAGGGAUGCUCCAUUCUGAUUUUCUUGUUAGACAUGUGACCUUGAGAUUUAUGUUGGAGACGCUGAGGCUGUUAGAUUCUUUUGUUGCCUCUUGGAACCUUUGUUCAUCUCAUAGAUGCUCUGUUGAGCAAAUUCAGGUUUCUCUCGAGCAGAAUGUCAUGGGUGAGGUGAGAAGCUUCUAUCCAGAAUUCCAGGUGUUAUGGACUCUACUGAAGCCUCUGGACGGUUCCAGUAAAACUGAAAAGCCGUCUUCGAAGAGAAAAACAAAGUUGGAUCGUGGAUUAAGCAGACAAAAACGCUUUAAGCAAUCUGAGAAGGAUGUUUCGGAUGAAGAGGCUGGUGAUAUUGUCGUUGUUGGUAUUGGUUCUGAUAAAGAUAGUUUGGCAGACGAUAAUGUGGAUGCUCAUAUGACAAAUCAGGAAGAUGCUGAAAGAGAAUAUCUUGGGAUUGUUUCAGAAAUUUGGGCUUCAGAACUUUGUUUUAAGCCUAUUGAUUCUGUUGGAGAAGCAGAGAAGUGGUUUCACUUAAAGCUUCUGGAUGCCCUCAAGAUUUAUGUGUGCGCUGUUCAUAAUGUGCUUGAAGGAGCGUUUGAUGUCUUCAUGAAAUUUGUAAGCAAUUCUUUAAAUUUGCCAGCCGAAUUGCAGAGAGCUUGUUGUCUGUGCUAAAUGAAUACAUCAGUUGGACGCCAAAGUCCCAAAGUGACAGAGAUCCUACAAGACUUCCACCUUUUAUGUACAAGCAUUUGCAUGUGUUCAUGAAUUUGUUACUUUUUGCACCACACAACGAAGUGAAGGAUCUAGCAUACAGUUUAGCAGUGGCAGCUAUGAGCAGCACCGGUGCAUUCGAAAAAAAUCCAAGUGAAAUUGGUGCAUGGUUCUUGUUUCUACCAAGUUUUGAAAAGAUUAAACUUCCUCCUGAGGUUAAGGAGGCUGUACAGAGCAUGCCAUCAAUUGUCAUCUCCUUUUUAUGUGAUGCAGUUAUGGCUGUUGGAAAUAAUUUAUUCAAGCAAUGGGACAUCGUCAGAAGUUACUUGUCCCAUUUAGAAGGUGUAUCAAUUGGUUUUAGCCCCCUAAUUGUUUGUCUACUGCAGAAGUGUGUGAAGCUACUAAAUUCUGAAGCUAAAACGUUACCAGAGAAGUCAGCAAUAUCUCUGUACGUCUGCAGCACACUGAAAUAUCUUUUACAAACUCAGGUAGAUUCCAGAUUACUCUCAUGUUUGAUCCAGUCAAUUUUGUCUGAGGUGGUUGAUGAAUCUAAGGAUUUUUUAUGUGAAUGGAGGCCAUUGAGAAUUUUGCUUCUUUUCUCACAAUCCUUGUCAGACAAAAAACCUAUCAUCUUGCAUUCCAGAAGGACGACGGGUCUACCAUCUGACAGUUCUUUUUCAGAGACUCUUGAUGAGAUCAAAGAACUGAUGAGAAGCAUGUCUCCGGAUGAAGUUACAGGAAUAGUUCAAGCGUUUUCUUCUGCAUUGAUGUGUGCAACACCUGAAUCGAUCUUGCAAAAUUUUACUACUGUGAUGACUGUUUCUUGGGCCUUCUACGGAAUGUCAUUCUCAAUUUUACAGUCCAUCCUCUUUUUAGAGGAAAAUUUCCUUGGAAACCUUUCAAAGCUAUCACUUGACUUAUUUGCGCGAGGUUCAGAAUUUACUGGGUCAAGGAAUCUUUGUGAAGAAACAGUAGAUAGUGAGAUUGGUUUUUCUGGUCACUCAUCCAUAACUGAAGAAAUCAGAAGUAAGAUGGGCAUUCGUGAUAUUGGAUCUUCUGCCUUCUCUGUGUUCUUAGAGCAGGCUCCUUUUCCUGUAUUACUUACUGCCAUUAUGAGCAUGGAUAUAUCUUGCUUACCAGAGUUCCCAAGAAUAUCAGAGCUACUGCUGCUUAAAGUUUCGCAGCCUACAAGUGGUAGUAUUGACUCAAAUAUCCAAGUAAUACUGUUCUGGCUCUUUCAAAUACGAUCAUCUUACAAGGUUCAACCGGCUCCAGUACUCCGCCAACUCUCUGAGAUCUGCGUACGUCUUAUGAAGAACUUGUUCUCUCAAAUAUCAGAAACGGAGCUUGUUUCUGGACCCUCUUCAAAUAAGUUGCUCGCUUCAGUCACGAAGCAGAAGCAUCAAGUGGCCCAGACAGUUCUUGGCCACCCAGUUGUGAUCGCACUGUUAGAGAGCCCCUUGGAUUGUUGCACUUCACC